AUGGCACGUACUGCAUCACGGGGCCGAUCUAAGGGCGACCCGGUCGUCGCCAACUGCGUGAGCAACAUCCCGAGCUUCGUGAGCGGGUCGUGCGCGGCGCCCCGUGACGCCAAGUGCGGCAAGCUCAAGUCGGGUGCGUUCGGCUGCACGUUUGCGCCGGUCAAGGCCGAGGUCCAGGUCGCCGCCGCCGAGACCGUCGAUGUCGCCGAACAAGCCUGCGCCAACGUCAGUGUCCAGGGCGACGCCACGUACUGCGUCAAGGGUGCGAUCUGCGGCGACGCGGGCGACCAGUGUCCCAAGAAGGGCGACAAGGCCGUGCAGAGCUGCGUGGCCGGCAUCCCGAGCUUUGCCAACGGCAACUGCGUCGCGCCGUCGGACGGCGUGUGCCAAGUGCUGCGUCCGGGCGGUCCCAAGGGCUGUGUGUUUGGCGCGCCAUCCGCGACGCCGUCAGUGACACCGUCGGUGACACCGUCCGUGACACCGUCCGUGACACCGUCCGUGACGCCGGCGACCGACAACAGCAAGGUGUGCGCCGAGAACUGGAGCCAGUGCAACGGUCAGAACUGGCCGUUCGGCGUCUGCUGCAAGAACGCGGGCUGGAAGUGCGUCAAGCACAAC